CUUGCACGACUUCCGGGGCGGAGGCUGGGGCUCGAAGGGGCACGGCUUCCGGCGUGAGGCGCAGCGGUAGCGUUAUUUCGGCCCAAUGGCGGCCCCGCUGCUUCACACGAGGUUGCUCGGUGAUGCGUCCGCUCCGGCCUCUGCGGUCAAGAAGCUGGGCGCGUCGGGGACCGGGAUUUCAGAUAUGCUUGCAUUAGAGAAUGAUUUUUUCAAUUCUCCCCCAAGAAAAACUGUUCGGUUUGGUGGAACUGUGACAGAAGUCUUGCUGAAGUACAAAAAGGGUGAAACAAAUGACUUUGAGUUGUUGAAGAACCAGUUGUCAGAUCCAGACAUAAAGGAUGACCAAAUCAUUAACUGGCUGCUAGAAUUCCGCUCUUCUAUCAUGUACUUGACAAAAGACUUUGAACAGCUUAUCACUAUUAUAUUGAGGUUGCCUUGGUUGAAUAGAAGUAAAACAGUGGUGGAGGAAUAUUUGGCUUUUCUUGGUAAUCUUGUGUCAGCACAGACUGUCUUCCUCAGACCAUGUCUCAGCAUGAUUGCUUCCCAUUUUGUACCUCCCCGAGUGAUCAUUAAGGAAGGCGAUGUAGAUGUGUCAGAUUCUGAUGAUGAAGAUGAGAGUAAGUAUAAAAAUCUUGAAUGUUAUGUUCAUAACUUACUAAGGAUUAGUGUGUAUUUUCCAACAUUGAGGCAUGAAAUUCUGGAGCUUAUUAUUGAAAAGCUACUCAAGUUGGAUGAUGAAGAUGAAGAAACUGUACGUGAAACAGAAGCUGAUCCUGAACGGCCAGGUCAGAUGGUACAUCCUGUAGCUGAACGCCUGGACAUCCUGCUGUCCUUGCUUUUAUCCUACAUUAAGGAUGUCUGCUACAUAGAUGGUAAGAUUGAUAACAACAAAACAAAGGAUUUAUAUCGCGAUCUGAUAAACAUCUUUGACAAACUCCUGUUGCCCACUCAUGCCUCCUGCCAUGUACAGUUUUUCAUGUUUUACCUCUGCAGCUUCAAAUUGGGAUUUGCUGAAGCAUUUUUGGAACAUCUCUGGAAAAAAUUGCAGGAUCCAAAUAACCCUGCCAUCAUCAGGCAAGCUGCUGGAAAUUAUAUUGGAAGCUUUUUGGCAAGAGCUAAAUUUAUCCCUCUUAUUACUAUAAAAUCAUGCCUAGAUCUUUUGGUUAACUGGCUGCACAUGUACCUUAAUAACCAGGAUUUGGGAACAAAGGCUUUUUGUGAUGUUGCUCUCCACGGACCGUUUUAUUCAGCUUGCCAAGCUGUGUUCUACACUUUUGUUUUUAGACACAAGCAGCUUUUAAGUGGAAACCUGAAGGAAGGUUUGAGGUAUCUUCAAAGUCUAAAUUUUGAACGUAUAGUGAUGAGUCAGCUAAAUCCUCUGAAGAUUUGCCUGCCCUCGGUGGUUAACUUUUUUGCUGCUAUCACAAAUAAAUACCAGCUAGUCUUCUGCUAUACCAUCAUUGAGAGGAACAAUCGCCAGAUGCUACCAGUUAUUAGAAAUACAGCUGGAGGGGACUUGGUGCAAACCUGCACGAACCCACUUGACACCUUUUUCCCCUUUGAUCCUUGUGUGCUUAAGAGGUCAAAGAAAUUCAUAGAUCCUAUUUAUCAGAUAUGGGAAGACAUGAGUGCUGAAGAGCUUCAAGAGUUUAAGAAACCCAUUAAAAAGGAGACACUAGAAGAUGAAGAUGAUGAUUUUUUAAAAGGUGAAGUGGCCCAGAAUGAUACUGUGAUUGGGAUUACACCAAGCUCCUUCGAUGCGCACUUCCGAAGUCCUUCAAGCAGCGUGGGCUCCCCACCUGUGUUGUACAUGCCAGACCAGUCCCUGUGACCUCGAGGAUUCGUGACUGAAACGAGCCCCGUGCCUCCCCACCGUGCCCUUCGGCACCUGGUCUGUGCUGCUUGGGCGUUGCUUGAACUAUGAUGAGUAUGUGCCUCAGGCAUUGUACUUGCAAGUUAGAUUUAAUCUAGUGUCUGAACAGAAAUGUGGUUUUUUUUCUUUUUUGUUGUCCUGACAGACAAAAGGAAAAGACUGAAUAUCAUGUGCAAUAUUUUACAGUGGAGUUCAUGAUAAAUUUCGAAGACUGCCUGUUUAAUGUGUACAUUUUUUUGUGUUACCAGUUUUUGACAUAAUUGUGAAAUUUCUAGUAUGGCCAGCAGCCUGUUUUAACAGAUUGCUUUUUUAACAUAGGUUUGUGUCAGAGGCAUAGUCAUAGGACUUUGUUCAGCUGCUUUCAGUGAAAGAUCCUCUAAGGUAAAUCCUCUCUUUACCUCUGUUUAACUAAACUGUGUUUAUUUUGGCUACACUGUUUAUCUUCUGCUGUGACUGUAUUUGUGUGUUGGCAUUUCAGUGGCAGGCAGAGAAGCUAGACAGAAAGUGGGGAGAUGGCCAGUCUGGGACGCUGAGCUUUGGAGCUGGUACUGAAAGGGAUCUCUGGGGACUUCAGAGACCAAUAAAAGUCCGUAGGGAAGAGAUCAAGGAUUUAGGGAAACAGAAUCAGACAGAUGACAUACUUGUGCAGUAUAAAAAUGGAUUUAAAAGAAAAAUUGAGGUCCAGGUAAACGUAAUUCCCCUUGGCCGCAAGUGGGUGUGGACCUGUAUAAGCACACGACACAGUAUUUACACUUGGGCUCUCAAACAUCCUAUUGGAACUGGAGCUGCUCAUUUGUAGCAGCUGUAUCAGAUUAUUUUGACCAGCAUCAGUUCGUUAUUUUAUGAAUUAGUUUGUCCAAAGGGGGAAAAAACUUUUUUUUUUUUUAGGUUAUUUGGUGGAAUGGUUUUGCUAGCAACAAUAGACUGAAGUUACCACCGCAGUCUUUGUCUAAUGGCUGUGCAUAUCAUGGAUUUAGCUUGGGGAAAUCCUUCUCUCCAAGCUUCUUUUUAUAUUUUUAUAACUGAACACAGGGGGGUAGUCUAAGACACCCUCGCUUUAUAAGAAAUUUGUGCAAGCGCUGCUAGAGUCAUUUUGAAGCUCAAGCAUACUUUCGCUUUCUUAUAUGUGUACUUUUUUGUUUACUUGUGAAA